GUGUAGUAAACACACAACAAACUCCGACUAAUGGUGAUCGUUCAUGGUGUGCACAGGAUAAAAUCCCCUUCCAACGUUUCUUAUACCAUGACAAAGCUUCUCUCUCUUUUUAUCUCUCUUUCUCUAUCUAAAAUUCGUUCCAUAUUCCAUAACAAAGCUUCUCUCUCAAAUGCCAAAGACUGAACUGUAAAAGAAAAGCAAGAAGAAACAUGAAAGAAGACCAGCAAGAAUCACUCCACCACCACCACCACAAAAAAAAGGCCACCACUUUUUCCCGCAAUAAGUUCACCAAACCGACAGCGUAUUUUAUCCUCCUCCUCCUAUCCUACACCUUGGGUUACUUAUCCGCUCCAUCCUCCAAGUCUUCACCCCACUCUCCUACCCCAAUAUUUGCCCAAAACACUUUGAGUACUGACAACGCCGCAACCAACACUGCCACUGCCACCGCCACCGUCAGCGCCCCCGCCAGGGACCUCGACCACUAUCUUUUUCCGACUCGUUGCGCUGACCCAGUUCCUUCAAAGCUCGUGCGACAAACGAUUCUUGACCGAGUGUUCAAUGGCACGUCCCCGUACGACAGUUUUCCCCCGGCGCACGUUAGCCCCCUCCUCCGUCAGAAGAGAAUCAAAGGGUGGGGCUCGUACGGCGCCGUUUUCGAGAACCUUAUCCGUAAAGUCAAACCCAAGACCAUAAUUGAGGUGGGCACGUUCUUGGGCGCGUCAGCGAUUCACAUGGCCGGGUUGGCGAGUGGACUCGGCCUCAAAACUCAGGUUAUAUGCUUGGACGAUUUUCGGGGGUGGCCCGGGUUUCGUGACCGGUUCCAGGAUAUAGGGAUGUUAAACGGCGACGUAUUGCUCCUGCACCAAUUUAUGCAAAACGUGGUGCACGUGAACGCAACCGAGUCAGUGUUGUUCGUGCCGUUUUCGACUGGGUCAACUCUAGAGAUGCUGUGCAAUUGGGGCGUGUUUGGUGAUUUAAUUGAAGUGGACGCGGGUCAUGACUUUCACUCGGCCUGGAUAGACAUAAACCGAGCUUAUAAGAUUUUAAGACCCGGUGGAGUUAUGUUUGGCCACGACUAUUUCAAUCGGGCUGAUAACAGAGGUGUUAGAAGAGCUGUGAAUUUGUUUGCCCGAGUCAAUAGUCUCCGAGUCCAAGCCGACGGGGAACACUGGGUCAUCGACUCGGCCUAACUCGGGUCGGUUUAAUCGGGUAUAAAUGUUUCAUAUAUUAAUAGUAUUCUCCAAGUUUCUUUCAUUUGAAGUCCAUUUAUGUUUUACAGUAUUAAGUAAUUGACGGUCAUUUCUGAAGCAGUGGCGUUUGGGUGCCCUAGGCAGCAAUAAUAAUAUGAUAAAUCAUAUUUUUUAUUCUACAA